AAACAUAAAACGAGGAGAAAAAGCGGAAAGAUAUCAUCAUCGUUUUGCUCCUCCGGGUUGCCUCCCCGAAUCAGAGCGGAAACGAAGGCAUGUCACUCGAUCAUCACACCCAUGUCUCCCACAUCUGUGGAUCUUGUGUUAUUCCCUGAACCUGACAUCUUCCAGUGGAAUAACUUCAGGGGUUGAUGAAGUUUGGAUGCGCUUCUCUCUUUCAACCCUGUGCCUAUCUUGGAUGAGGAUGACAGGAAGGUCUUGUAUACCUUUCUCAUUGCUUGGGUGUUGGGACUGCCUGGAGACAAAAUGCCUCUUCCGUAAUUGUGGAGUUCAUAUCGGAUAUUGCUAUGGAGACUGACCGCCUCUUUGUGGCCUCCCAACUCAUUUGCAUCUUCUUAUAAAAGGUUAACUGUGAAAGUCUGAGCUCUGCAUCUGUCAGAAGAUUGCUGAAAUCAAAAUGGAAGAUCUUUCUGGGAAUCAUACUACCUCCAUUGUGCACCUGCCUGAUGAUUGCCUCAUUUAUAUUUUUCAAAGGCUAAAGAGCAGCUCUGAUCGUGCAUCAUUUGGCUUAACGUGUCUUCGCUGGCUCCACAUUGAGAAUGUUUGCCGUAGAUCAUUACAAUUUGAUUGUUCGUUCACCCUGUUGAAGCUUUCCCUAUCGCAGCCCCAUCUUGACGUCAAGUCUUUCCAUCUUGAUAGACUACUUGCACGUUUUCAGCAUCUGCAGUCUCUAUCCCUUUCAGGCUGCACAGAAUUACCUGAUUCUGGCUUGACCCCUUUGCGAUCCUACGGUUCAAAUAUUCGUAGUCUUCAUCUUGACUGCUGUUUUGGUAUUACUGAUCAUGGACUGUCUGCAGUCACUGCUGGCUGUCAAUCUCUAACCGUAAUCAGUCUUUACCGCUGCAAUAUUACUGAUGUUGGGUUAGAAACUUUGGCUAGUGGUUGCCCAGAUCUAGAGAAAGUGAAUCUCACAUACUGUCCACUAAUUAGCGACCGUGGUUUAAGAGCUCUAUCACAAGGAUGCCACAAUCUGAGGGCCAUCAAGAUAUCCCAUUGUGGGGAUGUAACUGGUGUCGGAAUUAGAGGUUGUUCACCAACACUGAUACAUGUAGAUGCCGAAUCCUGUAAGCUUGACGCAGAGGGAAUAUCCGGAAUUGUGAGUGGUGGUGGGCUUGAAUAUCUAAAUAUUGGCAACGUGAACUGGCGGGUUGGUCAUGAUAGUUUCGUUGCAAUUGGCUCAGGGUUUGCUCAAAGGCUGAGAAUUCUUAACCUCCGAUUGUGUAGAUCUAUUGGUGAUGAAUCUGUUGCAGCAAUUGCAAGGGGUUGUCCGUUACUACAGGAGUGGAGCUUGGCAUUGUGCCAUGGGGUCAGGACGCCGGGAUGGCAAGCUAUCGGGUUGCACUGUAACUACCUCGAGAAGCUUCACGCGAACCGAUGUCGGAAUCUAUGUGAUGAGGGACUUGAGGCACUGAGAAGGGGGUGCAAUAAGCUCACUGUUCUUUAUAUUGGCCGGGGUUCUCCUGUCUCGGCUGUUGCAAUAGAAAUGUUCAAAAUGCAGAGAAGCAGUGUUCAGAUCAAGGACGAAGAGGCAAUGUGCCUAGCACCUGAGCGGUCAGCUUCAUGGUAAUGCAUACCCGAUUUGUUCUCCAGUGACUUUUGACAUUAAGAUGCAUCGACUUGGAAUAUGGGGAGGCAUUGAUUGAAUGGAUCGUCUUGGUUUGGUGCGUAUUUUCUUUGGUAAUUGAGAUCAUUCCAGUAUGGUAAAAUUUUGGUGGUCUGAGAAGCUUCCUUUCCUCCAAAUGUAACUUUGGAAGUGGUGAUUCAUGCUUUGUUCGUUGCACAUCUGAACUCAUCGGUGUCCUGCUGGACUGAAUUAAAACUUCCUGAAUAGCCAUUAUCAUUCAAGGUAUCGCCUUUUAUAAUCAGUGAACAUCCAGGAAUUGAGCGGGAAAACUGUUGCUCUGUGCUACCAAAUGACAUUUAGAGGAUAUCAUAAUAGGACUGUUAGCAUCUAGUUUUGCUCUUAAUCAAGAAGCUCUGAAAGAAAACGAACCUGUAAAGCUGCUUUGAUGUUAGCUCUGGGUAUACCAUCUUACCGAGUUGUUUUAUAU